AUGGGUAGUCGCAGAAGGUCGCAUAAUCGAUACGAUGACGAUGGCACCACUCUCUACGUUCGACAGGUGCAUUACGCUGCAAGGCCAGAUGACUUGCGUGUAGUUUUUGAACGUAUCGGUCCAUUGAGGGAUGUGUACAUUCCAUUAGACUAUUACAGUCGUGAGUCUCGUGGUUUUGCUUACAUCAAAUAUGAAGAUAGUCGUGAUGCUGAACGGGCAUUCAAGGAGUUACAUGGCUGUGCUAUUCUGGGUAGACGUAUUUGUGUGGAGUGGGCUGAGGGGGAACGCAAAUGUUGCAAAGACGGAAAUGAGAGAGAAGGAUUACAGAGUGUCCGGUCGUUCCAGACGGUAUUUGAAUUUAUUGUUUUUGGUGGUUAUCAUGUAGGAGAUGUCUGA